GACAUUCGUGUAAACUCUUGAAAAAGAACAUGGGGCUAAUUGUCAUAAAUGAAGGCUCCCUUGAUGCAACAAGAGAGACCUUAAGCCAUCACUGCAGCACUCUGGGCGAUGCUUUGAGGAAGGAAAACGAUUUUGCACUCAUCAUUGACGGAAAAACCUUAAAAUACGCUUUGACAUUUGGCGUAAGGCAGUAUUUCUUGGAUUUGGCCCUGUCCUGCAAAGCUGUCAUUUGUUGCAGAGUUUCACCUCUGCAGAAAUCUGACAUUGUAGAAAUGGUUAAGAAACAGGUGAAGGUGGUGACAUUGGCCAUUGGUGACGGAGCCAAUGAUGUCAGCAUGAUACAAACGGCACACGUAGGUGUCGGCAUCAGUGGCAACGAAGGGCUCCAAGCUGCCAAUUCUUCAGACUAUUCAAUAGCUCAGUUCAAGUACUUGCAAAAUUUACUUCUGGUCCACGGUGCCUGGAAUUACAGUAGAAUUGCUAAAUGCAUUUUGUAUUGCUUCUACAAGAAUAUUGUCCUUUACAUUAUUGAGGAUCAAGAAUUACCACAUCCUGAAGGUAACAAACGUUACCGAAAACAUGAAAUCAGCAGAGAAGAGCAACAAGGAUGA